AUUUGAACCCGUCUUUUGGCCUUUCAUACUACUCGCCACGUCAUAAUGUUCAUCUUGAACUGGUUCUAUGAUGUCCUGUCAUCCCUUGGACUUUUGAAUAAGAACGCCAAAAUCUUGUUCUUAGGACUUGAUAACGCUGGCAAGACUACUCUCUUGCAUAUGCUUAAGAAUGACCGUUUGGCCACUUUGCAACCCACCCUUCAUCCUACAUCCGAAGAGCUUUCAAUUGGAUCCAUCAAAUUCACCACUUAUGAUCUUGGCGGCCAUCGACAAGCACGUCGUUUGUGGAGAGAUUAUUUCCCUGAAGUCAACGGCAUCGUCUUCCUAGUUGAUUGCGCUGAUAUUGAGAGAUUGAACGAAUCUAAGGCUGAAUUGGAUGCUCUCCUUGCCAUAGAACAAUUGUCUACUGUUCCUUUCCUUGUCUUGGGUAACAAGAUUGACGACCCCAAUGCUGUUAGUGAAGAAGUUCUUCGACAACAGCUUGGUCUUUACCAAACCACUGGCAAGGGCAAGGUUCCUCUCAAGGAUAUCCGCCCGAUCGAAGUUUUCAUGUGCUCAGUGGUGAUGAGACAGGGUUAUGGUGAUGGUUUCCGUUGGUUGUCGCAAUAUGUAUAGAAAGCAGCUGUGAUCAUGAUUCAUAUACUUUUUCUUCAUAAAAAUUUCUACACUUUUUUUGCCGUAUCAUAUUGGGAUUUUGCAUGGUUUUGCCGUUCCCAACCACAACUUUCCAGUAAUCCUUCCAUCUACCUCCCAUUUCUUUUGAUUAGACUGGGAGUUGAUGAAAUACAGAAUUAUAAAGACUACACAAUACUAAGUUUGUUUAUUCUGGAA